AUAAAUAUAGAUCCAACCUAGAAAUUGCAAAGUCUAGUUGGUUUCCAUAUUCUCUAAAUAAAAUUCAAAGAUUUCAAAUUCCCAUCACUGCACUACAUCCUCUUAAUUUUUUCAUUCGCCACCACUUCAACUUCCCAUCAUCCUCAUCAAUCCUCAAAUAGUAGCCAUGACAGACGAGGUUGUUCUGCUAGAUUUUUGGCCUAGCCCGUUUGGAAUAAGGGUCAGAAUAGCCCUUGCUGAAAAGGGUAUCAAGUAUACAUACAUAGAGGAAGAUUUGAUGUCUUUGAAAAAAAGCCCUUUACUGCUAGAAAUGAACCCGGUUCAGAAGAAAAUCCCGGUUCUCAUUCACAAUGGUAAAUCUAUUUGUGAAUCUCUCAUUGCAGUUCAGUAUAUUGAUGAAGUUUGGAAUGAUGGGUCUCCUUUGUUGCCUUCUGAUCCUUACCAGAGAUCACAAGCUAGAUUCUGGGCUGACUAUGUUGACAAUAAGAUAUAUUCAAUUGGAAGAAACAUUUACACCAAAAAAGGAGAAGAACAAGAAGUUGCAAAGAAGGAAUUCAUAGAUACUCUCAAAUUGCUAGAGGAACAGCUUGGAGAGAAGUCUUAUUUUGGAGGAGACAAGUUUGGUUUUGUGGAUAUUUCACUCAUCCCAUUCUACAGCAGACUAAAAGUCUUUGAGACCUUUGGUAACCUCAACAUAGAGAAUGAGUGUCCUAAGUUCAUUGCUUGGGCUAAGAGAUGCAUGAAAAUUGAGAGUGUUUCCAAGUCUCUUCCUGACCAGGAUAAGAUCUAUGAGUUCAUUGUUGACAUGAGAAAAUUGUUAGGCAUUGAGUAGGUUGUAGAAGACUUGGAGAUGUAUGGUUACAUAUGAAUUAAGUUCUUGUCUUUUGUAAACUUUCUUCACCUUUCUUGUGAAAUAGUUAUGUAAUAAAAGGAAAAUAGCUAUGUAAGUUCAAAUUCUAUGAUUUCUUCUACCUAUGCAAUGCAAGAAUAAAUUCAAUUCAAUUAUUAUUGUCGUUUCAGAAAACAAAUGUUA